AUGCAAUCCCAGGGGGAAGCCCCGGGCUCUAGCCGCCUUGCCAGCCCCCGCGGCGGGAAACAGCCUAAGAGGGUUCACAAAUCUACAGUUUCAGACUUUUUCACCGGCCCAGAGGAGAUGAAGGACACGGCCCAUUCUGCAACCGUGAUGAAACAACUCAAGUCUUUCUACGAUGCGCGGUUGCUAUGUGAUGUGACCAUCGAGGUGGUGACACCUGGUAAUGGGCCUGGUACUGGUCGCCUCUUUCCCUGCAACCGCAAUGUGCUCGCUGCCGCUUGUCCCUAUUUCAAAAGCAUGUUCACGAGCGGCAUGUACGAGAGCCAUCAGGCCAGUGUGACGAUGCACGAUGUGGACGCUGAGUCCUUCGAGGUGUUGGUUGACUAUUGCUACACGGGUCGUGUGUCGCUGAGUGAAUCCAAUGUGGAACACCUCUAUGCGGCCUCUGACAUGCUACAGCUUGAAUUUGUAAGGGAAACCUGUGCUUCCUUCUUAGCUCGUCGCCUUGACCUGACCAACUGCAUCGCCAUCUUCAAGUUCGCAGAUGCCUUUGACAAUCACAAGCUGCGGUCUCAGGCCCAGUCCUUUAUAGCUUACAACUUCAAGCAGCUAAGUCAGAUGGGUUCGAUUAGGGAGGAGACGCUGGCAGAUCUGACCCUGGCCCAGCUACUGGCUGUUCUGCGAUUGGAUAGUCUGGACAUAGAAAGUGAGCAAACUGUGUGCCGUGUGGCCAUGCAGUGGCUGGAGGCUGCACCCAAAGAGCGAGGUCCUAGCGCAGCAGAAGUCUUCAAGUGUGUCCGGUGGACACACUUCACUGAAAAGGAUCAGGACUACCUGGAAGGCCUGCUCGCAGAGCCCGUUGUAAAGAAGUACUGCCCAGAUGUUAUUGAAGGGGCCUGGCAGAUGUGCUAUGGUGACAUGAUGUACAAGACUGUGGUGCCAGAACCAAACAGCAGCACCAGCUCAACUGUAUCCUUUGCAGAAAAUACCCCCCAGAGGUUGGGCAUGUGUGCCAAGGAGAUGGUGAUCUUCUUUGGACACCCCAGAGAUCCCUUUCUGUGCUGUGACCCAUACUCAGGGGAUCUUUACACAGUGCCAUCACCUUUGACCAGCCUGGCUCACACUCGAACUGUCACCUCCUUAGCUGUCUGUGUCUCUCCAGACCAUGACAUCUAUCUAGCUGCCCAGCCCAGGAAAGACCUAUGGGUAUAUAAACCUGCCCAAAAUAGAUGGCAGGAACUUGCAGACCGCUUGCUAUGUCGUGUGGGCAUGAAUGUGGCUUACCUGGAUGGCUAUGUUUAUGUUGUGGGUGGGCGAGAUCCUGUUACUGGUAUUAAAGUGAGAGAAGUAGAAUGCUAUAGUGUUCAGAGGAACCAGUGGGCACUGGUUGAUCCACUACCCCGUUCUUUUCUAUGCUUUGACCUAGUUGUAAUUCGAAACUAUCUUUAUGCUAUUAGUAGUAAGCGCGUAUACUGCUAUGAUCCUAGCCACAAUAUGUGGCUGAGGUGUAGUUCUCUUAAACGCAACGACUUUCAGACUGCUUGUGUCUUCAAUGAUGAGAUCUAUUGUGUCUGUGAUGUUCCAGUUGUGAAGGUCUUCAACUGUUUCAGAGGAGAGUGGAGGCAGAUUAGAAGUACUCCCUUGGUGUUAGAGAAUAGCAACUACCGGCUUAUCAAUCAUGGCCAAAAGUUGAUGCUCUUCACCUCACGAAUCCCACAAUGGAGAAAGAACCAGGUGACUGUAUAUGAAUAUAACAUCAGGGAAGACCAGUGGAUUAACAUAGGUACCAAGGUAGGCCUCUUGCAGUUUGACUCUAGGUUUUUUUGCCUCUCUGUUCGUGUUUUUCCUUCUUGCCUUGAACCUGGUGAGGGUUUCCUCACUGAGGAAGAGGAGAUACGGGCUCGAUCUAGGACUGAAUGGGAUGUAGGUAGAUUCAGUGAGUUGGGCUCUGACUCAGCAAGUUCAAGUUCUUUAUCUGAUGAUAGUAUCUGGAUGGGACUAGGGCCUCACUAA